AUGGCUGGUGUUCCUAGUUCACAGAAAUAUGAGACAUAUUUGGGUCUCCCAGCUUUGGUGGGGAAAUCUCGUAUAAAAGCUCUUACGGGCAUUCUUGAUAAAGCUUGGAAGCAGCUCCAAGAUUGGAUAUUAAAACUCCUUUCACAGGCGGGAAGGGAAAUUAUGCUUAAGGCUGUCAUACAAGCAAUACCGACAUAUUGCAUGAGCGUCUUUAGGCUCCCUAAAACAUUGUGCGGUAAAAUUAAUUCCCUCAUGCAAAAAUUUUGGUGGGGGGAUUCAAAAAUACCUUGGAUGAGUUGGAGCAAAAUGGGUGCCUCUAAAGCAAAAGGGGGAUUGGGUUUUCGGGAUCUUAUAUGCUUUAAUAAGGCUCUCUUAGCGAAGCAAUGUUGGAGGUUAUGGUACACGCCGGACAGCUUGGUGGCUACUAUUAUGAGGGCUAAAUACUAUGCCAAUGGUUCCAUUCUUGACGCCAAAUCGGGAUCUACACCGUUGUUCGCCUGGAGAAGCAUCUUGGGUUCAUGUGAUCUACUAAAGGAAGGUUUGUAUAGGCGGAUUGGGAAUGGGCAGACUACACAGAUAUGGGGAGAAAAAUGGAUUCAUAUUCCGUAUACUUAUGCUAUUCACUCUCCCCCUCGGUUGUUGAACGACAAUGCGAUAGUCAGCGAACUUAUAGACUAG